UAACUUUCACUUUUGCAGUAGUGAGUGAGCGUGGCGGAGAAAGAAGACUUCGCCGACGUGCUGCUGCAUUUCUUUCCGAGCACGUGCAUUUGCUUUCGAGGUCAGUGCCGAAAACGUUGACUUGGACAUGACGAACCUUUUUACUCUGGUCCUGGUCGCAAUCGCCGCACUGGUUGGGCAAAAUAGUGCAAUCCCAAACAACUCAAGCCUUGCGAGGAACAGAAGGCCUCAAAGACAAAACGACAAUAAUGCCGUGGAGCCAAGCAAGCAGCCACAAACUGUGACGGAUCUUUUUGUAACCGGAUCGUGUCUUAAUAAACCAUAUACCUGCCCUCACCCAAGGAUAAAAUUUUACCUUUACACGAGACAAACUCAAAAUGAUCCGGAUGUGAUUGACGUGAACGAUCCGAUGUCAUUGGUGGCCUCAAACUUCAACGUGAAGCACCCUACAAAGGUCGUCAUACACGGCUUCGGCGGAGGAAGAAACCUAUCUCCGAGUCCAGACAUGAGAGAAGCUUACUUCAUCCGUGGCGACUACAAUAUAAUCAUCGUCGACUACGGCACUCUGGUGAAGGAGCCCUGCCUCAGUCAAGUCGGCUGGGGACCGCGUUUCUGCGCACGCUGCAUCGCCCAGCUGCUUUACUACCUGGACCAGGUCAGCGGGACAACGCCGGACUCCCUUCACCUCAUUGGUUACAGUGUCGGUGCGCACAUCGCCGGUCUCACCGCCAACUACAUCAAUUUCGGAAAAAUCGGUCGCAUAACAGGUCUGGACCCGUCAGUAGUAUUUUAUCAAGGUUCCAACAGCUCACGCGACUUGGAUCUGACUGACGCACACUUUGUCGAUAUAAUUCACACUGGUGCGGGAAUUCUUGGUCAAUGGGGUCCGAACGGACACGCCGAUUUCUACGUCAACGGUGGAACUUCUCAGCCCGGAUGUGGUGGAACGCUCUUUGAGACGCUUUCUUGCGACCACACGAAGGUGACGCCUUACUUUAUCGAGUCAAUCAUUACGGAAAAGGGAUUUUACGCCUCGCCGUGCGCCAACUUCUUUUCCUAUCUUUUUGGAUUGUGCGAUCCAAAAGACAGCGACUACAUUUUAAUGGGCGAGGACUGCCCGCACUCAGCUCGUGGCGAAUACUACUUGACAACAAACGCAAACCCACCGUUUGCUCAAGGAUUCCCCAACAGGAACAAAAAUCGCCAAGCGGCACUCGAGAGACGCAAGCAAGCUCAGAAGGCAGCGGCGGCGGCUCAAAAUAGAAACAAAAGGAGAGGAAGUCAGCAACGACCUCAAAGAAACGUAACGCGCACCGGAAGAUAACCAGACUGCUUAAUAUGUACUCUAAAGUUGCCAAUUUGUAUAAAAAAUAGUAAUUUAUUAUAUUAACAACCGA